GGCAGUCGGACUGGUUGGGUGCUGAGGUAGCGUCGCUGCGAGCUGUCCAGUGGGCGAGCGAGGACCAGGCCAUGGAACGCGAAGUCCAGCGGGUUCGCCAGGCAUUCCGGUCGGGCCGGUCGCGACCCCUGCGGUUCCGGCUGCAGCAGCUCGAGGCCCUGCGGCGGAUGGUGCAAGAGCGCGAGAAGGACAUCCUGGCGGCCAUCGGCGCCGACUUGUGCAAGAGUGAAUUCAAUGCAUACAGUCAGGAAGUCAUUACUGUCCUUGGGGAAAUUGACCUUAUGCUGGAGAAUCUUCCUGAAUGGGUUACUGCUAAGCCUGUUAAGAAGAACCUGCUCACAAUGUUGGAUGAGGCCUAUAUUCAACCAGAGCCUCUAGGAGUGGUACUGAUUAUUGGAGCUUGGAACUACCCCUUCAUUCUCACCAUUCAGCCACUGGUAGGAGCCAUCGCUGCAGGAAAUGCUGUGAUUAUCAAGCCUUCUGAACUAAGUGAAAAUACAGCCAAGAUAUUGGCUAAGCUUCUCCCUCAAUAUUUAGACCAGGACCUGUAUGUUAUUGUUAAUGGUGGUGUUGAGGAAACCACAGAGCUUCUGAAGCAGAGAUUUGACCACAUUCUCUAUACGGGAAACACUGCAGUUGGAAAAAUUGUCAUGGAAGCUGCUGCCAAGCAUCUGACCCCUGUGACUCUUGAACUGGGAGGGAAAAGUCCAUGUUAUAUCGAUAAAGACUGCGACCUGGACAUUGUUUGCAGACGCAUAACCUGGGGAAAAUACAUGAAUUGUGGUCAAACCUGCAUUGCUCCCGACUAUAUUCUCUGUGAAGCAUCCCUCCAGAGUCAAAUCGUGGAGAAGAUAAAGGAAACUGUGAAGGAAUUUUAUGGAGAAAAUAUAAAAGAGUCUCCCGAUUAUGAAAGGAUCAUCAAUCUUCGUCAUUUUAAGAGGAUACUAGGUUUGCUUGAAGGACAAGAGAUAGCUUUUGGUGGGGAGACUGAUGAGGCCACGCGCUAUAUAGCUCCAACAAUACUUACUGAUGUUGAUCCUGAAACCAAGGUGAUGCAAGAAGAAAUUUUUGGACCAGUUCUUCCAAUAGUGCCUGUGAAAAGUGUAGAUGAAGCCAUAAAUUUCAUAAAUGAACGUGAAAAGCCUCUGGCUCUCUAUAUAUUUUCUCAUAACAGUAAGCUCAUCAAACGGAUGAUUGAUGAGACGUCCAGUGGUGGUGUCACAGGCAAUGACGUCAUCAUGCACUUCGUACUCAAUUCGCUCCCCUUUGGAGGAGUGGGUUCCAGUGGGAUGGGAGCUUAUCACGGAAAACAUAGUUUCGAUACUUUUUCUCAUCAACGUCCCUGUUUAUUAAAAAGUUUAAAGAGAGAAGGUGCUAACAAACUCAGAUAUCCUCCCAACAGCCAGGCAAAGGUAGAUUGGGGAAAAUUCUUCAUGUUGAAACAGUUCAACAAAGGGAAACUUGGUCUCCUGUUGCUCGCUUUCCUGGGUGUUGUAGCAGCUGUGCUUGUCAAGAAAUACCAAGCUGUGCUGAGGAGAAAGACCCUGUUGAUUUUUCUGGUAGUUCACAGACUGCGUUGGUCCAGUAAGCAGUGAUGAAAAGCAGAUUUCAAAACCCGGAUCUGUCUGUUAAGAGUGAGGCUGGAUACUACUGAAGAAUGAUCCUGUUCAACCUCCUAGUUGCCUCUACUGAAUUAUUCCUCUUUUAAAUGGUUAAUGAACCAAUAAUUUUUAAAUCCUACCAAAAAUAGUAAGAAAAUGUGCAAUGUACUGUGAUCAAACCUAAAAGUCAUUGCCACUCACCAGUAAUAAAACUUGCCAUCUUAUCCAAA